AUGGCGACAGACUCUGAUAUAUCAAAUAUCUUGAAGAAAUUGAAUAUGGGUUACCUUGUGGAAAAUUUUAUUCCAGAAAAAAUAACACCAAAUAUUAUGGGAAUACUGUCUUCACAUGACUUACAAUGUUUGGGUGUAAGAUGCAGGAAUGAGAUGGUGUUGUUGAGAAAUGAAUGUGUAAAUUACGGAUGCCAACCUCCAACCAAGAUAUACCAUGAGGCUGGGGCACCAAAAUAUGACUUACCCAAAAAUGUAACUGAGGAACUUUUGCUGGAUGGGUUUUCUAUUAAGGAGAUAUCUUUAUUAUUGUCUGUCUCGUAUGGCUUCAUACGGUUUGAGAAAGCACACAUUUUCAACAAUACGUGA